GGGGAGGGACGGGGGUUUUGUGUGUGAGUGUGUGUGUGUGUGUGUGAGAAAUUUAUAGAUCACGUGUGAAACUUGAUCUCCCCGCAGUGGGCUAGGAGGAAAGAAAAAAGAUAGAAGUAUUGUUUUUAAACAGAUUUUUUCCUUUGUUUUUCUUUUUUUUUUUCCCUCUCCCCCAGCGAGGGCUGCGGCUGCCUGGUGAUAAAAGGCCAGGGCAGCCAGAGCCGGCUCAGAGGGAGGAAAUGCCGAAAUUGCAGCGUUUCGACUUGGCGACGAGCACCCACUGACCCAUCCCGGCAAAAAAGCAACGUCGCGGCCGCCUGGGAAGUGCCGACGCAUCCCCAGCCGUGGCACCACACUCUCACACCCCUCCCAGCACCGUGGGAGCCCAGCGCCAUGCAGGUGCUCAGCCUCAGCCUCGUGGCCCUGACCUGUGCCACGAUGGCACUGUGCGCAGCUGGAGCCCAGCGCCGGGCACUGGAGGGGGGCGGCCGACGACGUUACCACCGGGUACAGCAUGGCCACUGCAGCUACACCUUCGUGCUGCCCGAGGCUGACCCAUCACCCUGCCAGCCCCCUGCCCCUGCCGCCCCCGGCCCUGCCAAUGCACUGCUGCAGCGGGACUCGCCGGCUGGCACUGCACAUGCCAGCCAUGGGGCAGCCCAGCGCCUGCGGCACCUCGAGAGGAUCCUGGAGAACAGCACCCAGUGGCUGCUGAAGCUGGAGAGCUACAUCCAGACAAGCAUGAAGCCGGAGAUGGUGCAGCUGCAGCAGACGGCAGUGCAGAACCAAACCGCCACCAUGCUGGAGAUUGGCAGCACCCUCCUCAACCAGAGCGCCGAGCAGAGCCGCAAGCUCACCGACGUGGAGGCCCAGGUGCUGAACCAGACAUCACGCAUCGAGAUGCAGCUGCAGGAGAACUCCCUGUCCACCACCAAGCUGGAGAAGCAGCUGCUGCUGCAGACGAAUGAGAUCCACAAGCUGCAAAACAGGAACAACAUCCUGGAGGUGCGAGUGCUGGAGAUGGAGACGAAGCACCAGGUGGAACUCGCAGGGGCCCGCUCGGAGAAGGAGAAGCUGCAGCGCCUGGUGAGCCGGCAGAGUGGCACCAUUGAGGAGCUGGAGAAGUCGCUGCUAGCCGCCAGUGCCAACACCAGCCUGCUCCAGCAUCAGCAGCUCCAGCUCCUCGAGUCAGUGCAGAGCCUGGUGCGCCUUGUCUCCCAGGGCAGAGGCCCACUGCCCGGGCAGGAGCAGCUCUUCCAGGACUGCGCCGAGGUGCGCCGGGCGGGCAUCCGUGCCAGUGGGGUCUACACCCUCCACAUCACCAACCUCAGCGAGCCCAAAAAGGCAUACUGCGACAUGGAGACAGACCGAGGGGGCUGGACCGUCAUCCAGCUCCGCACCAACGGCAGCCUCAGCUUCCAGAGGAGCUGGAAGGAGUACAAGCAGGGCUUCGGGGACGCAGCGGGCGAGCACUGGCUGGGUAAUGAGGCCGUGCACCUCCUGACAAGCCAGGCACCCUACACCCUGCGCAUCGAGCUGCGGGACUGGGAGGGCAGCCAGGUCUAUGCCCACUAUGGGAAAUUCCAUCUGGGAAGCGAGAGGCAACUUUACAGGCUCUCGCUGCAGGACUACAGCGGCACAGCAGGGCAGCAGAGCGGCAUGGCGCUGCAGGGCACCCACUUCAGCACCCGUGAUGCCGACAAUGACAACUGCCUCUGCAAGUGCGCCCAGAUGCUGUCAGGAGGCUGGUGGUUUGACGCUUGUGGCCUCUCCAACCUGAACGGCAUCUACUACCCAGCCCGGCACAACAUCCGCAAGCUCAACGGCAUCCGCUGGCACCACUUCCAGGGACCCAGCUACUCCCUGAAGGGCACCCGCAUGCUGAUACGACCCGCCAGCUUCUAGCACACUGGCAGCCGGAACAGCACCACAAACGGUGCCAACCUGGCAUGGAGGGAGGGAGCCGGGAGGGGGCCGGGAGAAGGGAUGGCUGGGUGAGACUGAGCCCUCCCAGCCGCUGCAGGGAAGCUUUUCCCCCAGUUAUUAUUUUUUACUCUUUUUUUUAUUCCAUCCUCUGAGGUCCUGCACGUCACAGAAAGAAGCUGGGCCUCCAGAACCUCACACCACCUCCUUUGCCUAGGGAUGGGGGUCCAAGACCCCCCAGAAUUCCCUGCAGCACCCCCUGCCCAGCUCCAAGUCACAGCAGGGACUUUGCAUUUUCUUUAUGUUUUAGGGCAUUGCAAAGCCCCCUCCACCCACUUUCCCCAUAGGAUUAGGGUAGCUGGUGGGGAUGGGGGUUCCUGUGAGUGGAGGGGCUUGGCACCAUCCCUCCUUCCCAUCCUGCCCAGAUGAGGCCAUGCAGGGGGGACAUGGGCUGUCCCCUCCUGUAUGCAUGGCCCAAGCCACUGUCCCCACGCAUGGCAGCACAAGCCCUGCUCCUUGCAGGACCGACUGGCCAUUUCUACUCCCUGGGGGUGGGUGGGAGGAGCAGGGGGAGUGUUUGGGGACCUUGCGGGGACCAUUCCCCGGCUGGGAUGGCUGACAGCCCUGUGCUGGGAGUGUCAGUGCUGGCAGGGGACUGGCAGAGUCCCAGGUUGGGCAGGAUGGGGAUGAGGAGUCAUAGGUGGGGAGAGGGCUGCAGUUUAAGAUGGGGCUGGGGGCGGGGGGAGGUGGGAGGUGAAGGUGGUGGGAAGGGUCUUAGGGGUGGCUUUUCUGGGGGUCUGAGCUGGGGUAGGGAAGGAGAGUGGGAAGUGGGGAUGCAUGGUGGGGUCAGACACAUGGGGAGGAGUGGGGCAAAGGGCCAAGACCCCUCUGCACCCCCAGCUCCCCUGCCCGCAGUUGCAUUGAGAUGGCAAACCCACACUGAGGGCACUUCUGGGAGCAGCCUGGGAAGAGAGGGGUGCAAAGCAUCUGGGUCUCCAGCCAGCAGCACCAGGGCUCUGUGCCCACCCACCCUGGCCUGCAGCAGCUUGGGCUGGAGGCACUUUUAUCUUUACACUAAGAGGUAUUUAUUUUCCAAGAGUUGGUGGGGUGGGAGCAGGCAGGGGGAGUUCCCUGCAUCCCACCACCCCACAGCAGGCACCAGUCCCCCUGCUUCAGCAACAGGACAAAAGGGUGGGUAGAAGGGCUGUGGGACAGGGUAGGACAGACAGACCCCGGCCAUCCCCAGGGGAUCCUGAGCCCGAGGCAACUUCAUGCAUGGGUGAGCCCACGGGAGGGCAGGGCUUGGUCACACCUGGUCACAGGCCUGUCCCUGUCACCCUUCUGCAGAUGUCCCUGUCCCCCUGCAGUCCCUGUCUCCGUUUCCCCCGGCCCCAUUGCCACUAGAGGUCCCCUGCAGCCCGGUGGCAGCUGCCCACAGCACCCUCACCCCUGGGGGACAGGGAUCGGGGUGCCCCACUGGGUCCCUAGGUCACCUGUCCCACUGGGUGCCAGGAAGCCCUGUGGACUGGCAGCAGCAGUGGCAGGUGCCAGGGUCCUCCUAGCUCUGUGACACCCAGGCACCCCAGUGCCCUCCUCCCGAAAACAGGCCCAGGCAGGGGUUUGCUGCCACCUAACCCCGGACCCCGCUGCAGCUCCUGGGGGACAGGGCCAGUGCCCUGGCAUGGGGCAAGGGAUGCAGGGACACACUGUCCUCCCUGUUGGGACAGGGGGACCCACUGGCAGGGUGCUGGCACCAGCACCAGCUGCACACACAGCAGUGAGGAGGUUCCCGACACCUUGCCCUCAAUGCCGUCCUGAGGCAUUUGCUAAUUAACAGUGAUUAAAGCACAUGUCAUAAUUGGCAAUUCCAGAA